GAUCAACCAUAUCAAUCGAAAGAGGAGAUUACAAACUUUUUUUACGUCUUGAUCCGAACCUCCUAUCUUAUUCCGUCUUCACACAGCAAGCGUUCGAAGCUUCAAAUGAGAUCUCUCAGACUCACUUACUUAACUCACUUGUUUAAGAGUUAAACUUUCAAAUUUUAGCAUAUCUUUAAUAUUUACAUAAAUCUUUUGCAUUAAUAUAAUUAAUUUUAUAACUUAAAAUUUGCAAUUUAAUAUUUUUUAAAAUUAUAAUAUAAUACUAUCUUUCAUAAUGUUAGCUCACCCUCCCUAAUAAUUGUAGAAACUUUUUUAUACAUUAAGAUGAAUAGACAUUUAGUAUCCGUGACUAAAAAUAAUUAAAUAUUCAAAUAAUUAUUGAGUACACUAUUUUUAUUACACUGAAAUAUUGCUAUAAUAUAAAUUAAAACAAAAUUUGAUUCAAUUAAACAUCAAACAAGCUGUCACUAUGUGCUGUUGUGGUUUAGAUUGUGGUGCGAUUGUCUGUAUACAAAAUGUGGCUUACUGCGCAAGGCGGAAUAUUCCCCUCAUUAUUGGUCAAGAAUUUUUGCAAAGGGAAGAUCUCUUCAAAGUUCCGUGUUCAUCAUCCUUAUUUGAUAUUCAUUCUGUGCAUUCCUUAUCUGACUUUAAAUCACGGCCGCUGGAAAACAUUGCGAAAAAAUAUGUCAAAUUGCCAAUCGAAAAUGACAAAUUUGUUGUCUUUCCUAUCCUUCAUUCCAACAUGUAAUUUUCACAUCCCUUAUUCCUUUGUGCAUAGAAUGACCGACAAGGAAAAGAAAUAUGUUGUUGUCGAAUUUGAAGAUGGUGUCCGAAUCGUUCCCAUUACUUGGUUAAGUACUGAUUUACAAAGAUCCAAAUGGCCUAAAAAAUAUACCACUAAUAAGAGAUAUGACAGAGCGAUUAAAACUAUGGAGGAACCAGAUGACACAUGGGACGAACAUCGUGUUAUUAAAAUAUAUGCUACAUGUUCCGAUUAUACAACAGUACGAGAGAAAUUAAAGUGGUCAGAGCGAUUGUUAGAUAUAAAUUCGUGCACUGAUGAAGCGGACGUGUAUAAAAAGUCCCGAAAAUUUAGAGCAGCUAAAGAACAUAAAUUAAGUUUUUAUGAUUAUUCUGAUGAUGAAGACGGCGAUUCUGACGAAGAAGUCAUAUUAAAUCCUCCAAAACCUUCAAUUUGCAAGCAGACAAAUAUUUGUAAAGAGACAGCGAAAAAAAAUACUCAUACAUAUAAAGAUACAAAAAAUGUUAAAAAUUUUGAUACAUUUGGAACAAAAUCAGCAAAUAUUGCAUCUUGCAGUACCUAUUACGUUGAAGAAGACAAUUUUCAAACUUUACAACGCAGUGCGAUUUUAAAUGUUAAAUCUCAUGAGAAAAAUGUUCGACGUAGUCCUACAAAUUUGGAUUUAAAUACUAACCGAGUUUCACAAUACAGUGCACUUUUGAAGUCUCGUGACGAAAAUGUCCGACGUAGUCUUACAAAAAUUGUAACAAAGAUUUUAUAAGUAAUUACGUCUCGCAUCAUACAAAUUUAGAUGUAACUUCUGACCAAGAUGCUCAAUUUGCAGAAGAUUUGGAUGUUGAACAUUUUCAGUGUAAAAAUCUUCCCGAUAACCGAAUCUUGAAUUAUACUGGGGGAUAUGAUUUUGAGCGAUAUGUUAUUAAAAAAUUCCAGCAUUUGGAAAUCAAAAUAAGCAACGUUCUAAAAAAAAAACCAAAAAAUUCUUGAUAAACUGUCUAAUACAGCUAAACCAGAAGAAAAGAAAAAAAUUGAUAUUUUCAAACAUCUGCCUGUGAAAACGGAAAAUGAAUUGCAAGCUAUGGAAUCAAAACUGUCAAAUAAUGUUUCCUAUCGUACUGAAAUGAUCAAACAGUUAGCGCGCAUAAUUGGAGGGGCUUAAGACACUCGUGUCUAUCUCUGAUGAGGCAAACAAUCUCAAACGAAGUAGCUGUACUGUACAGUUGGCACGGUGCCAAAAAAAGGAAAUUUUUCGAAACUAUAUUUAUCUGAAGUAAUUUUAUGUAAGUAAAAAUACACUACUCAAAAAAAAAUAGGGAAUA